UAUAAUAGACUCCUGCUAUCUUCUGCCACAGUUCCGGAACGCAGGAGUAAGAAGGACAGGAACGUUAUAUCCUUAGCAGAAAGUAGAAGAGAUUUGAAGGAUGCCUUCCUACAAAUACACCUACUUUACCUUCAAAUCCAGGCCGGAGGUCAAUCGACUUCUGUUCUUGUUGGCUGGGGUGGAGUAUGAGAAUAAUUGUAUCGAUCACAACCAGUAUUGGGCUAUGAGGUCCGAUGGAAAACUGCCUCUAUUACAGCUGCCUAUUCUCGAGACAGAUGGACGAAUCAUCAUUCAAAGCAGAGCGAUCCAGAGAUAUCUGGCCAAGAAAUUUGGUUUCUAUGGUAACGGAGUGGAAGACGAACUCCUGAUUGACGAGGCCGUUGAGACAGCGGAGGAGAUCCUCGACUACGCCUUGCCAUGGAUCUAUCGAGAGCUAGAUGAGAAGAAAAACGCCGAGAUCAAGAAAGAAUACUGGGACUACCAUGGGCCACGCCUUCUUCCAUUCCUAGAGAAGAGACUGGAGGGAAGCACUUCUGGAUUCUUUGUAGGAGAUAGCCUGACGGUUGCAGACCUCUCUGUCUUCAACGCCAUUGACAUACUCAGCGACUGCGCUCCGGAAGAACUGACUUCCUACAAGAAACUCCUGGAGCACAAGGCUAAAAUCGAGACCAACCCGAAGCUGACGAAGUAUAUCGGAGAGAGGCAGCUCGUCCCAAUCCGACAAACUUUCCUGGGGAUCAUUGCCCUCAAAGAAAAGGAAAAAUCCAAGUAGAAAUUAGUUUCAUUUUUUCAUUUUGUUGAGAGCCAAAAUGGGCAUUGAGCCCUUCUGGCUCUCAGCUGAUGAAUGUCAACAUAAGAAUUAUGUCGAUCAAUUAAUCCACAAUUAUACGUAGAAUUGUGCGCUAAACAAUGUUGAGGUGAUCACACCAGUCAUAAACACAUUGGCCCGAAUUCACAAAGGAGGUUUGUCGACAAA